AUGAAAUUUUUAUAUAAUGUUCAACUUUUCCAAAAAGGGAUUGAAGAAAUAAAAUUGAUGAAAAAGUUGAUAUACGGAAAAAUCGAUAUCUCCUCGAUCGAAAAUGAAGGAAAUUACAUGACCAAACUAGCCAAAAUAAAAUUAUUAAAUGAAAAAAAUAAAAAAUACAAUGAUUUAGCUAUCUCGGAAAAAAUCAAAUCAUGCUCUUCCAAGAAAGGAAAAAAAUCAAGAAGUAACUCAUCGUCAAAUGGAAAUAAAAAAGGAGGAAAAAACGAAGACACUUCAAAUAACAACCAAAGUAGCGAAAACCACCAAAAUAACGAAAAUAAAGAAAAUGCAAAUAAUGGAUCGAAUGGAAGUAGCAAUAGUAAUGAUGGCUCUGAUGAUGGUGAAGAUAAAGGGCAAAAUAAUAACUUCAUAGAAAAUGAUUCAGAUAAUGAAGAAGAGGAAGAAAAUCAAAAACAAAAAUCAGAAACUAAUGAAAAUGACAAUCAAAACGAAAAUAAUAGCGAAAUUAAAAAUAAUAUACACUCAAACAAAGAUGAAAUUUUAGGAGAAAUUGUAUACGAACAAAAUAAUAUGAUAAAUUUAGAAGAAGAAAAUGAAGAAAAUGAAAAAAAAAAUAAUAUUAUAAAUAGAAGCGACUCAUCAAUUAAGGAAUAUAGCUAUGAAGAUUCUCGAAUUGAAGCUUGUAUAUAUGAAAAUAUAAAAACUGGAAAUGAUCAAAUAAGCAAUGAUAAAUUUAAUGAAAAUAAAAAAUAUUAUUAUGGAAAUCCAUUUACUGCUAGUAGUUGUGAAGAUGCUAUGAAAAUGUCUAUGGCAAAUAGUUCAUUUGACAAUUCCAAUGAAAUAAAUCAAGAUAAAAAUAAGACAAACAAAGCUGCAAAAAAAAUAAAAUUUCAAGAUGAAAAAAAUAAUGAUGAUAAAAACCCUCCACAAUAUACCAGCUUUAUAAAACAUUAUGUUACUAAUGUUGGAGAUAAUAAUAAACAUAUUUUAAAAAAUUAUAUGCUAAAUUUCCCAAUCGAAUCUAAAUCAUCUGGAUUUAACAAAUUAAAUAAUGAAACGAAUUCGCUUGAUUAUAAUAGUUUGUCUUCUAUAGAAAAUAAAAAAAAGUGUUGUAAUAUUCCAAAUUUCUGUAGGUUUGGAGGAAAUAAUAAUGACGAUGCCAAUCAAAACAAAAGUAACAACACUAGUAAAGGAUCCUUUGAAAAAUAUGAAUCAAAUGCAUUUAAAACAACUAAAAGCAAUGCCUCAGUUCAUCCAGGAUAUUAUGGCAAUUUUAAUUAUAAAAACAUUUUCAAUACUAUUAAAAAAUAUGAUUGUACAAAUCCAACAAAUUAUAUACAAAACUAUAAUUGUAUGAAAAACACCCAUGAAUUUAUUAAAAACCACUCAAUAGAAGAGGGAAUUGAAUUCAUUAAAAAUAAUGUAGAUUUUGAAAAAAUAAAAACAAGUGUAGAUAUAGAAAAUAUUGCAAGAAGUUUAACUAUGGAUAGUUUAAGACAAAAUCUAAGUAUAGAUAUUAUUAAAAACAAAAUAGAUAUAAACAAAAUAUCAAAACAAUUAAAUAUUAGACACAUAAUAUCAAAAAUAUAUAUAAAAAAUGCUAAAAAAAAUAUAAAUUUUCAAACUAUUAAAAAAUUUAUCGAUGUUAAUCAAAUCACACAACGUUCUGAUAGUUUUGAUGGAAAUUAUGAAUUAGAAGAUUUAUUUGCGAAUUAUAUACAGACAUAUGUAGAUAAUAUUAAACGUACAAUUGAUAUACAAGGAAUGAAAAACAAUUAUUUUGGAAUAUUUCAAAGUUGCAAUCCUCAAUUGGUGAAUACAAAUUAUAUUAAAUCAGCUGCUAAAAGUAUACAAAAUAUUAAUUCUAUGUACUCAAACAAUAAAUUAAAUUUUAGCUUAAAAGAACAUAAAAAAUAUAUUGCAUUCAAUCAGAAAAAAUCGGUUAAUCUAAUCAAAUCGUUUUAUAGCAAAAAAACUACUUUUGUUAAAAAAAAAAUAGAAGUUAACAAAAAAUUCUUAAAUAAUUAUUUUAAUGCAUGUAUGAUAGAUUGCAAUAAUGAUUCAGAAAUUUUAGGAUCAAAUGAAUUAGCUCAAAAUUCUUUUGCUGAAUAUCAACUUAGUAAAUUCGAAUCAUCCUAUCCAGAACAAUCCAUGGAUCUUGAAGAUAUGAGACUUAAAUCAUUUUUCAAAACAUCGAACUAUAACGAUGUAGAAAAUAAGAAAUAUUGCUCUGGUAUGUGUUGUGGCGGUGCAAAGAAUAUAGAUGCUAAUGAAACUUUAAAUAAUGAACCAUCAUUAGAACCAGAACAAUCCAUAAAUCUUGAAGAUAUGAGACUUAAAUCAUUUUUCAAAACAUCGAACUAUAACGAUGUAGAAAAUAAGAAAUAUUGCUCUGGUAUGUGUUGUGGCGGUGCAAAGAAUAUAGAUGCUAAUGAAACUUUAAAUAAUGAACCAUCAUUAGAACCAGAACAAUCCAUAAAUCUUGAAGAUAUGAGACUUAAAUCAUUUUUCAAAACAUCGAACUAUAACGAUGUAGAAAAUAAGAAAUAUUGCUCUGGUAUGUGUUGUGGCGGUGCAAAGAAUAUAGAUGCUAAUGAAACUUUAAAUAAUGAACCAUCAUUAGAACCAGAACAAUCCAUAAAUCUUGAAGAUAUGAGACUUAAAUCAUUUUUCAAAACAUCGAACUAUAACGAUGUAGAAAAUAAGAAAUAUUGCUCUGGUAUGUGUUGUGGCGGUGCAAAGAAUAUAGAUGCUAAUGAAACUUUAAAUAAUGAACCAUCAUUAGAACCAGAACAAUCCAUAAAUCUUGAAGAUAUGAGACUUAAAUCAUUUUUCAAAACAUCGAACUAUAACGAUGUUCAGAAAAAAAAUUUUUUAUCUGGUAUGUGUUGUGGCGGUGCAAAAAGUAUGAAUUAUGAUGAACCUUUAAAUAAUGAAAGCACAGUUCACUUUGAUACUGAGCAUUCAGAAGCAUGUGAUUGCCCUCAUAGUCAUUUAAAACCAACAACUAAACAUGAAGACGCUUUAGAAUCAAAUGUUACAUGCUUUAGCAAACCUAACAAUAAUUUAAGAUAUAUGAAAGUCGUAUUACCCAAUAAUGAAGAAAGCGAUAUCAUAUAUGAUGACAGAAAAAAAAUAUUCUUUGAUUUAGAUGGCAAUGCUUAUGCACAUAUUGUACAUAAUUUAUACUUUAAUGUAAAAGAUAAAUUAAUUUAUGAAAUUUAUUAUGUUGGCGAAAUUAAUUAUGAACAAAUCAGAAAUUCGUUGAUCAAAUUUGGUAACUACAUGGUUACUGAAAAAUAUGCGCCAUGCAAAAUUAUUAUGGAAAUGUGCAAAAAAUUCAACAAUUUAAUGAAUAACAUCCUAGGAAUAAAUAAGAGCGAUACAUAUUAUAUUGACAGAGAAAAUCUGGUCGAAGUUAUAAUUAAAUGA